AUGUCCCACAAAGACCGUGACGGGGAAUAUGACGAGAGAUUGAGCGAAAAGCGAAAUCAUGUUCGUCGUGAGAAGACCCCCGAAAAAUUACACAAAUCAAGGAGCUCCAAAACAAAGACAACUAAUUCUGAUACUGCUGCAUCCGUUAAAACGAGAAGAAGAAAGGUUAGUGGAGAGAGCGAUAGAAAAAUUCUAGAAAGUUCGGAGCCGUUAUCAACCAUUGAAGAUAUAGUUCCAGAGCUGUCGCGUGCACAUUCCCGUUGCAGUCUACCAUAUCCAACGUUCAAUCGAGCCUAUAGUAGACAGUCGGUUCGUGCUACCGGUGACGAAGCAGAAUUGCCUGCUGUUAAACCUCCGAUAACCCCAAACCCCACCGACUUGGGCUCGGGUGAAAAAUCAAAGUCCAAGUUGGAAGGUCACGUAAAAAAUAACAGUAAAAAUGAAAUGCCUCCAAGCCCCCCCGAAACAGAUGUUUCCGAGGAAAAUAAAGACGUGGAUCAUCAAAGUCAGGCCCAAAAUGAUUCAGGUAGAGCGGAAAAAAGUGCAUCAAAAAUAUCUCUCACCUCUCAAACCUCAAAGCGAGAUGCAAAUUCAAGACUGUCAGCCUCUUCCAAAGUCUCAGAUAACAGCUCUUGCGUCAAGCAAUCAGUGCCAGUCAGCGAAAAUGAUAAAGAUGUUAAAUCGCGGGAGUCAAAACCAGCAGCAGCAGCAGAAAAUUUAAGCAACACAUCGGCCGCAUCUCUGGGAUCGCACUCCGUUGAAGAAAAAAUAAAAGAAUCACCCGCGGAAGAAAAUUCCUCUGUUAGUACGCACCAGUCAUCAAACCCAUCCCAUAACUUCACUGUACCAUCUACAAAAUCUGUUUCAUCUCAGUUCAUCCAGCAUGACGCCCCAACAGCAGCAAGUAAAAUCGAUUCAUCCCAAAGUAUACCAUCAUUUCUUCCAUCUGAUCUGGCGGUAAAAGCUCCAUGCGUUGAUUACCUUAUGCGGAAUGGGGGCCUAGCGCGAUCAGUUCCAAAAUCGCUUAUUGCACCUGUGUCCAAAAGUACGUCGCAACAAAGUACAAGGCAACCACCAUUAGUGCCGAUAUCAGUUGACCGAAUUUUCAGCUCAUGUUUUAGUCUUUUAGAACAAUAUGAGACAGUACUAAGUAAAAACGGAUCACUAGCUGUAGCGACUGGCUAUCGAUCAGUAGCUCGAAGAUUGCUUGACAGGUUGGAGGUCAUCAUGGGCAGAGAUCUUUCGACUGAGGGAUGCAAAUGUAUCAUGUGUCAACAUCCAGACCUAGCUCCAGCUGAAAAGCCCAAGGGUCUGGGCUGGGGAGAAGUUCUAGAGUGGAGUGCAGGUCGCAAGGAGUUGCCCUCAUGGCCAGCUUUUAAUCUUGCUUUGCUCGGUGUCAAACCUGUAGACUGCCUGGAUCUAUCGCAACAAUAUCCUGCGAGACCGGGAUCGCCAGUAAAAAUUGACCCCGAUGUCGCCGAAGAAUUACGGGAACAGUACCUAUUGCAGUCGAAAAAAACCAAACUUGCCGUCGACAGAUGGCUUUCAAGCUGUUCGACAACUACCUCCACGCCACCACUGGAGGUUGAUGAUGAGACGCUUUCAUUUGCUAUUCUUACCCAUCUAGACAGCCAUGAGCGACCUAUAUUUAAUGCUUUGAUUACUGGCUCCACAACAUUACAGACUACGAUGCGUGUAUCGAGUCAGUCACGUAAAUCGCGAUCAGAAUUAAUCAUGAAAACUGUUCAGUCGCUACAAAGGCUAUACCGACUUCCCGCUCCACCACGAGAUCCAGAGGCAGCAAUAUUUCUUCUCAAAAAUCCAAAAUUACAUCCACUCCUAGCAACUAUGGCUGGUAUAAGUUCGCACGAAUGGGAAAUACUUACAUCAGGCAGGUUUGACGGCUUCCUCUGGUCUGGCGCAGAUUCUGACGCUCAAACAUCCUUGCCCCCUUCGUACCGAGGCUCUUCAAUGUCCCCUUCACCCGGGCUGAUGUCAAGAAAUCAGACCCCAUCGUUAACGGGCUCAAGGGGGAACUCAUCCAUAGGUUCGCCAACGACAGUAAGAGCUCGCCGACCAGUGUUAAAUGAUGAGGAGACUGAGAUCGAAGUCGUAGCCGAAGUAGAGCGGGAGAUCUACUUGGGGAUGGAAGCACUUGAAGAAGCAUUCGAGAAUCUCCACCGAAAAGCUGAGCACGUACGUCGAGGUCUACGGGAGCGCGGAGCUGGUCUCACCAUAUCACUCCGAUCGCGCCGCCUGGCGCAGCCCGCCAAUAUAAAUCCCAACCAGGAUGAUUUUUCCGGAUCAGACCUCAGCCCAGGAUACGAAAGGCGUGGCUGGAGUGAACGUAGUAAUAUCUUAAGUGAGUGCGAAUGGGACCAUUGUGACGAGUUUAGCGAGUUAGCACCGGAUGAUAGUGCAAGUAACAUAAGUAGUUCGCGACAUCGACGUCCUAAGCGUCGAAACGAAAGAAAUAAGCCGGCUCGUAUUGAAGAGGAAAACGAAGAUUGA